ACUAUGCUCUUCCGCGCCGCAAAGUAGUGCCCUUAGGCUCGACUCCACCAGCCCUUCAACGGCUCGCGAGGGAAUGAAACCCAUUUACGUCAUCUGUUCGCCCCUUCCCUUUAUCUCCUGAAUCCUCGACCACAUAACUGUGGAUAAAGUGGUCUCGAGAGAAGUUGGAGGGGAGGGGGUUGGCCGGGACUCGUUUGUGAUGUUCCGUUAUCUGGUGUGCGGCGGAGGGAUUUGGCGGAGGGAGGUGUUUAUGAGGCGCUGGGGGCGGAGGAGGAGAAUUAGUCCGAGUGGAGCGAGCGAGCUGAGUGGUUGUGUGGUCGCGUCCCGGAGACCGGUAGCGCUUGCAGCAUGGCUGACCAACUGACUGAAGAGCAGAUUGCAGAGUUCAAAGAAGCUUUUUCACUAUUUGACAAGGAUGGUGAUGGAACUAUAACAACAAAGGAAUUGGGAACUGUAAUGAGGUCUCUUGGGCAGAAUCCCACAGAAGCAGAGUUACAGGACAUGAUUAAUGAAGUAGAUGCUGAUGGUAACGGCACAAUUGACUUCCCAGAAUUUCUGACAAUGAUGGCAAGAAAAAUGAAAGAUACAGACAGUGAAGAAGAAAUUAGAGAAGCAUUCCGUGUGUUUGAUAAGGAUGGCAAUGGCUAUAUUAGUGCAGCAGAGCUUCGCCAUGUGAUGACAAACCUUGGAGAGAAGUUAACAGAUGAAGAGGUUGAUGAAAUGAUCAGGGAAGCAGAUAUUGAUGGUGAUGGUCAAGUAAACUAUGAAGAGUUUGUACAAAUGAUGACAGCAAAGUGAAGACGUUGUACAGAAUGUGUUAAAUUUCUUGUACAAAAUUGUUUAUUUGCCUUUUCUUUGUUUGUAACUUAUCUGUAAAAGGUUUCCCCUACUGUCAAAAAAAAAAAAAAUAUGCAUGUAUAGUAAUUAGGACUUCAUUCCUCCAUGUUUUCUUCCCUUAUCUUACUGUCAUUGUCCUGAAACCUUAUUUUAGAAAAUUGAUCAAGUAACAUGUUGCAUGUGGCUUACUCUGGAUAUAUCUAAGCCCUUCUGCACAUCUAAACUUAGAUGGAGUUGGUCAAAUGAGGGAACAUCUGGGUUAUGCCUUUUUUUUUUUUAAGUAGUUUUCUUUAGGAACUGUCAGCAUGUUGUUGUUAAAGUGUGGAGUUGUAACUCUGCGUGGACUAUGGACAGUCAACAAUAUGUACUUAAAAGUUGCACUAUUGCAAAACGGGUGUUUUAUCCAGGUACUCGUACACUAUUUUUUUGUACUGCUGGUCCUGUACCAGAAACAUUUUCUUUUAUUGUUACUUGCUUUUUAAACUUUGUUUUAGCCACUUAAAGAAAAUCUGCUUAUGGCACAAUUUGCCUCAAAUCCAUUCCAAGUUGUAUAUUUGUUUUCCAAUAAAAAAAUUACAAUUUACCCAA